AUGAACGGACGCACCAUUUUCGUUGUUUGCUUGUUGACUUUUCUUUUCUGGGAGAGUUGGUCUGUCUCAUUGGCGAGCCUCUUUGGAAUCCACUUCUGGGAUCGUCAACAUGCAUUGGCCAUUAUUCAUUCCAACUCUGUCGGACUCUACAACAGCACGGCCUUUGCAGAGAUUACAGAAACCUACUAUUCCCCCCACCGGUACAUUUACUUGCUUCCACAUGUCAUAGGUGCCAUCAUUUGGUGGAAUCUGUACUUUUUGCAGCUCAUUCCCAAGGUUAGACAUGCCUUCAACAAGAGAUUGCAUCGCUGGCUGGGACGACUCCUCAUGGUCACUGCCUGUAUGCAAACCAGCAGUGGUGUAGGAUUGGCCUUGACAUCCCAUUCCAAGAUCAUUCUAAUCGUCAGUGGCUUUUUGGCAUUAGCGGUGUUUUAUUGUGUCUAUCAUGCUUGGAAGUACGCCAUUCAUAGAGACAUUCGCCGACACAAGUAUUGGGUGCUAAAGGUGGUUGGUUACUUGCAGACCAUUGCAUUGCAGAGGUUCUAUAUAGUGCUGUUGAUCACCACGCAUCAAAUGGGAUGGUAUGGGCUGUACCCAAAUCUUAGAGAGAAUAGCACACUGGAGGAAGCUAAUGCUGUGGUGUUGGACAUGUUUGAUCACUCCUUCGUCUUUGCCAUCUUCACUGCCAUGCUGCUCACGGAAUGGUACAUUGCUGGGGAGCAAGGUAUGAUGGAAGCUCCUGAACCCAGCCAAGGAUAUGCCACUGACAAAUCAAGCCAAAGGGAGACAACGAUACCGCCGACUGUGCAUGAAAAACAGCCAUUGCUGUCUGGAAGAUGUACCCAAAAAGGGGCCUGCUCCUAA